AACAUUUCAAGCUUCAAGUGUGGUUCUUACAACCUUCAGACUUGGAUCUGUCAACACCAGCAGACCACUGACAUAGCCUGACAGAGACUCUUUUACACAGUAUUUUAGUAAUUAGAGACUCUUUGACACAGUAUUUUAGUAAUUAGAGACUGUCUUUUACAUUGUAUUUUAGUAAUUAGAUACUCUUUUACACAGUAUUUUAGUAAUUAGGUAGCUAUAAUGAAGAAAUUCAAUACGCUUAUUUCUGCCAAGUUGCUUCAUGAUUCCCUGACAGGAAAUGUGAAGAAUAUGCGAGUUCUUGAUGCUUCAUGGCAUUUGCCAAGUUUACAAAGGGAUGGUAGAAAGGAAUAUGUUGAAAAACAUAUACCGAAAGCUUCUUUCUUCGACAUUGACGAGUGUUCUGAUAAAACAUCACAGUUCAGUCACACAGUUCCUCGUCAGUCCCACUUUGAAGACUACGUUGGUAAUUUAGGGAUCUGUAACAACACCCAUGUCAUUAUUUAUGACAACAGUGAAAAUGGAUUCUUUUCCGCCCCACGAGCAUGGUGGACAUUCAAAAUCUUUGGACACAAAUCAAUUUCUCUUCUGAAUGGAGGGUUCCCAAAAUGGUGUCUGGAAGGUUAUCCAACAUCUUCAGAAAUACCAUCAUUUUCAAAAGAAACCUAUUCUGCUUCGAUGAAUAAAACAUUGGUGAAAUCUUUUGAAGAUAUUGUUAGAAACAUAGAGGACAAAGAAUUCCAGCUUGUGGAUGCCAGAAGUUCUGGAAGAUUUUACGCCACAGAUCCAGAACCAGAGACGGGAGCGCCGAGGGGACAUAUUGUUGGGUCUGUUAAUAUUCCCUACGAUUCCAUUAUUGAUCCAGAGACAAAGGAGGUGAAGAAUCCUGCUGAUCUAAGGACAGUGUUUGCUGAUGUUCAGAUAGAUUUAGAAAAACCUAUUGCUGCUUCCUGUGGAUCAGGUGUCACUGCAUGCUGCCUUGCCCUAGCUGGACACUUAUGUGGAAAAGACAUAUCUGUGUAUGAUGGGUCAUGGUCUGAGUGGUCAAAAAGGUCAAAACCACACCAAAGAGUGCCUGGUGUCACAGACAACGAAGAGUAACUUUUGUAACCAUACCACAGACAAGUUUUCUUUCUGUGCUUUAACAUAUUCUUGUUUCAGAAGUGGUGCCUGGAACACAGAAUUUUAAUAUUGAUUAAGAUCUUGGUGAGAGUUGAUUUUCAUUUUGAUUUAUAUGUACAUUUCAUAUUACCGUCUACCCUCAUUAUAUCGCCACAUUUCAUCCACGGCAGUUAUGGCGGUAUAACGAGGGUGGCGAUAGUAUCAAAUUAUGGAAAUUACAAACAUGAGAUGGUAUAAGAGAUUGCGUUACCAACGUUAACCAGAUAAUUUAAUGUUACAUGAUUUACAAUACACAUGUACAUAAUGGAUAAUCGUUAGUCAAUUAUUCUAUAGGCUAUAUAUUUUUAUAUAAGUCACAAAUUUAUGGUUAUAGACAUUGAUCUGCUUGUGCUGCGUGCCAACAGUUAUUAUCUGUCGAAAUCUAUGCGAAAGUAUUCGGCAGUUGCUUUUCCACCUAGACUGGCGAAUCCAAACAUUCAUACCAUACACAAUAGGAACACAAAGUGAGUAGUGAGUCCUGCUUUUAUUUCAAGCCAAACCAUAAGUUUCGGAUGUGACAUAAAAACAUCCGAAUAUUGAUCUAUCUCAGCGAUAGAAAAUCAUUCAAGCGUAAAGCUUUGUCACCUGUAUAAUUUGCAUGUGAAAACAGAAAAUGUCCUAUGUUUAUAAAUAAAACACUUAAGAGUUCCUUGAUCGCCAAAAUCAGAACAAAAGGGUGAGAUCAUCGAGGGAGAUAUAUACAGUAGCGUUUCGGGACAUUUGUAUUUUAAUAAAUGUGGCGGAUGGCGGUAUGGGUUAGAUUCAGGUGGCGAUAGGUCGAGGGCAGACUGUAUAUUGAAAUUCAAUAUAUUGCCAGUAUUUGUGAUAAAUUGUUAACACACACUUCAUAUUAAACAGUACUUCAAACUCACAUCUUUCAAAAUGCAUAAUGUCACAAUUCAAUAAUUUUGUAAUUAAUUAAAUAAAUAAGUAUUCGAGGACUU